AUGGCCAUUACCUACAUAAUGUUGACACUGUCGGUAGCCUGUAUACCAGUACUACCUAAUCUGGCCCUACUAUAUACCUGUGCAGCUUUGUUUGGUUUCGGAUCGGCUGUAUUUGUUUGUGCAUUUCCUAUUUGGCUGAUGGAAAUGUGGAACAGUAGGGCCCGCCAGUGGCUACAAGUCAAUGACUGUUCAUUCGGGAUCGGCUCAAUCAUGACAACUAUUAUAUUGAAACCGUUUUUGGUGGGCGAACUGGCCGACAACAAUAUUAACAACAGCCCAGACCAAGUGGUUUCUGGUGCCGAUCGACAAUCUAGACUUUGGCUACCAGUGCUCAUCAUUUGUUUAGCAAUAUUGCCCAUUCCCAUAUCAUCGGUGGUCAUGUAUUUUGUACGGCCAUAUCGGGCACAGGACUAUCAAACACUGGUUACAUCAAAAGAUAUUAAUAACGAUAAGGAGGAGGAGGACAACAUCAGAAAGUCAUCGCAAACUGCUGAGGACAGUAGUCUUGAUAUACCAGACACUACUACUACUACUACUACUACCACAACUACACCAACAACAAUCAAACUGUUUGACCGGCCAGAAACUCCCCGGCCAACCAUUAUCAUAAUAUUUGCCCUUUGGUUUACCAUUUAUUCAAUAUUUGAGACAAUGUUCCUGAAGUUUGCCGUAACCUACUAUCAGUAUUCACCCAAACAUCUAUCGGCACCGGCAGCUGCCGAAAUUCAAUGGAUAUCUACGGCUGUCUAUACAACUUUUCGCGGUCUCAAUGCUUUCAUUGGACUAAAAGUAUCCGUCUAUUGGAUGCUAUGCUAUCAUUAUGUAUUGCUGGCUAUCGGUUCAGUUAUGUUUUUAGUUAGCCUAUACUAUACGGCCAUCAACAACGAUAGUCUACUAUGGGCGGCCAGUUUGAUUAUCUAUUGGGGAUUUUCGGCCAUGUUUUCCGGUAUACUAGCCUACGCUCAACAGUAUAUGACCCUAACCGAUAGGACUAGUACGGUGUUUGUUAUGUUUAGGGGAGUGUUGACUUUGGCCACCAACUAUACUAUAGUGGCCAAGUAG